AUGACCGAGGCCCUUGAGAUCGACGGCCAAGGUCGCGCGAUCGCCGAGCUUCUACGCCAGUGUCCCAAUCUACGCACCCUCAACAUCAACGCUCCGGGCGAUGACGAUGCCGACGACGACUCUGUCGAACUCAACGAUCUGCUGGCCGUGCUCGCCGACCCGGUCGCCCAUCCGCGUCUCCAAAACAUGGCACUGCAUCUAGAUGACGCUCACGCCACGCCGCGGGUCGGGCAUGUCUUGGCGGCGUGGCUACGGGCCGCGCCGAUACAGUCCCUCCACGUGUCGAACGUCGUUCGUAUGGACGAUAGUGCUGCCAUCGCAUUUUGCGAUGCGCUCGAAGCCAGCACGACGCUCCAAGACCUCAGUAUUCUAAGCGUCGCGAACCUCGCAGGCUUUCACGGCCGCCAGCUCCCCGCGUCAUUGCUGAAACUCGAUUUCGGCACCAACGCCGUCCUCGAUGACGCGACGAUCCGCCACCUCGCGACCGCACUCGGGUCGACGCGCCUCCAGCGGUUGGCAUGCAGUGACUUUCCACGCUUGGUGCAAAUUCCCGCAGCGGCCCCAAUGUUUCACCAACUGCACUCCCUCGUCGUCAAUGAACUGCGCGACGACCAAGCCGAAGCAUUCCUUGCAGGGCUCGCAUGCGUCCCGGCCCUGCGCUAUCUUGCGUUCUGGUGCAGCACACCCGGCACGUGGGACUUUGCAGCGCGGCUCAUGGACACGCUCGAGACAACGUGUCGGCGGCUCGACCACCUCCGCUUGGAGCAGGUACCCAUGGACCGCUCGGCGGUUGCCGCGGUGCUUGCUGGCGUGCCACGCUUACCGCACUUGAUUUGGCUGAACGUGGCGCCCAACAUGUUUUACGUGCUCACCGAGCUCGUCGCCGCGGGCCGCCACGUCCGCGAGCUCCUCGUGUCGCUGCAUAUCGCGCACGACGACGACAAGCGUGCGUUCUUGCGGGCACUCGCGCUGGUCCGUGACGUGCCCUUUGUCGUCUGCGACCUUCCGGACGACGUCGAAUCGGACGUGGCCGACGUGCUUGCACCCCGUCCCGAUCGUCGCGAUCGCUGUCGUUUGCGGCUCGGUUGCUCGUGA